GCUUCUUGGCCGGGAGAGGCUGCCAGGGCCGUCUGUUGCCAUGGUGACGGCUCCAGGCCGUGACCUCUGAGUUAGGGGAGGGGUGAUCCCGAGUGUCCGCCCCAGCCCUUUUGGCUGACUUCUCCUCCUCUUCCCGUGGCUCCGAUGCCGAAUCGGGGGGCCCAGUUGGCCCCCUGCAUACAGGAGCUUUAGGCUUCAGGCAUCCGGGUGAGGCCAGAGGCUGACGAGGCCAUGAAUGUGGUGAAAUAGGAGCUGGGGACCGGGAACCCAAAACAGGAGGAAGGGUAGAUACUUGGACGCUGAUCGCACCUGCGCCCUCGUCCCCGGACCGGGACUCAGAUGCCAUGUGGCCUGUGCUUUGGACCGUGGUUCGUACCUAUGCUCCUUAUGUCACAUUUCCGGUGGCCUUCGUGGUCGGGGCUGUGGGCUACCACCUGGAAUGGUUCAUCCGGGGAAAGGAUCCCCAGCCAGUGGAGGAGGAAAAGAGUAUUUCAGAGCGCCGAGAGGACCGCAAACUGGAUGAGCUGCUAGGCAAGGACCACACCCAGGUGGUGAGCCUUAAGGACAAGCUAGAAUUUGCCCCGAAAGCUGUCCUGAACAGAAACCGCCCAGAGAAGAAUUAACGGAGGAAACAGGGCCCUAUGGGUCCUGCCAACAUGUCAGCUCAGCCUCAGACCCCACCUUUGAUCUGCUUUGUUGUUGCUUAUUCUGCUGCUCCUGCAUCACACACCCACACAUACUGGCUGCUCUUCUAGGGCCGGCAGAUGCACCAGCAGCCGAAGGGCCAGUGAAGAGGAAGGCCCUUAUGGGUUCUGGCCUGAAGGCUGCACCUGUUGUGUGGUAGCCACAAUCGCUCAGGCUUCUGAGCUCGUGGGCUCACUGCUGGGAGGACGUGGGGAACCACCGCAGUCCUAUUGGUGGUGACUGUUAUGAAAUGGCCUCAAAUGCUAGUGGCUGGGAUUUGGGUGUUACCUUUAGGAGGAACACCUACAUUUCUAGUUGCAAUUUGUACUGAGAAGACUUGGGAAAUCUACCUGGCUCCUUCACUAAUUUGCCCUUUGUGCUCAUUCUUCCUGAAACCCUGUCCUACCAGCUCAGGAAUGAGAUUCCUUGGGGGAAGGAAAGUGUUUUUCUGUUCUUGGAAGCCCAGGUUAUUUACCUUGGGACAGGGAAGAACCUGGUGAAUUUGCUUGAAAACAGUCACCAUAUUUCACCCUCCCAUCGUUGUACAGUGCAAAAUGUGAUUAAACUGGCACAUGAGAACCAUA